AUAAUAUCAAGAAUUAAACAGUUUUAAAACUUAGCUUAAUGGCAAUGGCUUUAUUUUCUAUACUAAACUCUAAUGAGUUGUUUCAAUAAUCAUCUAACAACGAUCAAGAAGCUCUAAAGUAAACUGCAAAAACAAUAUAGCAUUCUAAAGUAAGAAGCUCUGCUAUAAAUAUGUCCCUUUGGUUUUACGAGUGUUACAAGGAACGAUUCGGGGAUCGAUCGCCGACAUGAGGAAGAGGCAAGUGGUUGUGAGAAGGGAGGAACCACCAAGAAGCAGAACCAAUUCAUCGACGACAAUUAAAAGUGUGAGAUAUGGGGAGUGCCAAAAGAAUCAUGCCGCCGGAGUCGGAGGAUAUGCGGUCGAUGGGUGCCGGGAAUUCAUGGCGACCGGAGAAGAGACGGCUGCAGCCCUUACUUGUGCUGCAUGUGGCUGCUAUAGGAAUUUCCAUAGAAGGGAAGUUGAAGCCGAAGUGGCUUGUGAGUUGUGACUGUUCUUCACCUUCUUCCACUGGAGCACUCAUGUUUGUAUAAAUGGAAGGUUUUACCAUGUAAUCACUCAAUAUAUUUGCUUUAUUAGGUUUUCUUUAACGUUUGCUUAUAUAUAUAUAUGUGUGUGUGCUUCUUGAAGGAAUGAAUUUUUUUUCUCAGCUUGUUUUUCUAUGUUAUGAAGAGGUAAAAGGCAUUUGUAUCAUGUUGUUGAUGAAGGAAUUAACGGGAGUUUUCCCCUUUUUUA